CAUUUCAUUCAGUUUAAGUGUGUUCAUUUGCGAAUAAAGUUGUGUUCUUUAAAAACAUUUCUGUUAUUUAAUUUUAUUAUUCCACAAAGUUUUAAUAUAUUUGCGAGUUCUUAAACGACAUCCUUAAACUAUUUUAUCUUUUACAACAAUAAUUAUAAUAUAACGAGAUGGCGACAGAAGUAAGCACCCCUUCGCUGGGACAGUUGCAGUCAGUGCAAAAGGUCAUGGCAUUACCCACAGUGGGGGCAGCAGUUGGUCAAGUUGGUGCAUUAUAUAGCAGAGUCAAAGGGGCACAUUCGCUGCUAGACUGGGCACUAUCCACCGCAGAAGCAAGUGUGACCCUCGCGGCUAACACAGCAGCUCCCUUCGUAGCUGCACCACUCGCAGCCGGUGACGCGAGAGUAGCAGCAGCUUUGGAUCAGCUGGAGAAGCGAGUGCCCAUCGUCACUGAGCAGCCAAAAGUUAUUGUAGAGACUACAAAACAAGCAGUGCUGUCAAGGAUUACUCCACAGUUGAAUAAGGUAAAUGUCACCAACCAGGUGUAUGGAGCGCGUGAUGCGGCCGAACAGCGCGUCAAGUCACUCAAAGAGUUGACCUGGGUGAAGGCAAAUGCUCUAUUGUCUACGGCAUAUGGCCAGAAAGCAGUGCAGGGUGUGGACAGUGGAGCAGUGUAUGCUAUGAGACUGCUCGAUCAUUAUUUACCACCUGCAGUUGAUGAAACUCCUGCUGGCACCGAAGUGGUGGCCUUCGAGAACGACCCCACACUGCACACGGUGCAAACGGUGCGGCGACUCGGCGCUGUUGCAGCGCGCCGGGUGUGGGCCAACCUUGCUGCGAGAGUCACACAGCUGAGAGCUAAUGGCAUAGAACUGGACGUGCGUCGCUACAUAAUGGCUCUGCUAGCAGCGAUACACCUCGCCAAAGUGACAGGCGAACAGCACUUCAGGGAACAACUCAUGGACGAGAAGAAACAGCAAAAGUCUGCGGAACCCGCCAAAAAUGUCCCCCCCACUAAAAACGAAACACCCACCGCCCCCCCUACUGCAGAAAUUGUAAAAUCAUCCCCCGAAGCAAAAUCAGAGGGAGACCAAUGAUUCUUAUAAUCUUUUCUUAUUAUUUAAUAAUUAUUAUUAUUUAAGUGUAACCACAAUGAAGAUAUUAUACUUAUCUACAUUGUUUUGGUGAUAUUUUAUUAUAAUGGAAAAUGUAUUCAUAUAUUAUGAUGAGACUGAUCAGUCUUUGUAUGCCUUUAUAUGUGAUCUUUGAAAUAUAAGCUUUCUUAUUUAAAA